AUGUUCGAUGCUUUACUGCAAACAACGUGGGAUACUGCUAAUCCAAACGCAACCGUUUCUGGAAUACCGAGCAUUGAAACGAAAGCCGACUGGAGUAAUAUAACUCCUAAUAAUCGUUGGGGUAUAGGUGCAGCAGCAGGUGGACAAUGGCCGGUUCAGACAGGUGGUUCCAGUGAUUGGGGCCAUCCAAGACACGAUGCCGCACCGUGGGGUUCUUCAGGGCAACCUCAUCCUGCUGCGCUGGUUCCUGGAGUGCCUAGCGGUUCAUGGGGCCCUGGUCAACCUGGGUUACCAGUGGCUGUUGAUCAGUAUGAUCCGAACCCGCAGACUCCUGGCCCUUGGGUUGCACCACAGCCAACUGAAAUGAAUAACGAUAUGAUGUGGCAUGAUCCUAAUCCAAAGCAAAAAAAGGUACAAAGGGAUAUGGGUACUUCGUUUUGGGGCGAUCCCAGUGCACAACAAACCGAAAUUCGCAGAUGGAAAGAAGCAGAUCUGGAUGAUUAUUCGCAUGUACCUUAUGCCGCUCCAAGUGGUGGUGAUUGGAGCAAUAUCCCAGUUUCUUCAGGGCCAAUAAGCAAUAAUAUAACACCACCGUCGGAUGCGAAUACUUGGGUUAAAACACCACCUACGAUAGCCCUUCGCUUUACAGAUGCAGCGGAUCGAUGGUCAACUCAAACUCAGGGUGAUAACUGUGCAGAUAAUAACCAUCAGCAACCUUCCGAUGUUGUAACUAUUAGUUCGCCGCUUGAUUCAAUCGACUGUGUUCGAUCAAACAAUAAUAAUUUUUAUACUAACACUGAGCAAGUUGUUGACAGGCUACGAAGACUGGUUGCGAAAGGAUUCAUUGAUACAUCAAUAUUCAAUCGUCCACUAACAUCAGAUGUAAUAAUUGCAAUCAAUACUAUGCUUUCGAAAUGCGGCAAAUUGCAACAACUUCAAAAAAAUCUUCAACACACGCUUCAGAUGGGCCCUUCUCAAAAAAACAACAUUCAUGAUUUGCAGACCGAAUCGGAUAGACUACAGUUUGAAAUAAAGAAUAUUAAUGCUGAUAUAAUACAGCUAAAAACAACUUUAAGUGAGCAUGCAAAAAAUGUGCAGGCAGUGAAUGGAACCACACAAUUUACUACAUCUGAUGGACAGAGCCGAUUAAAUCAGUGGAAGCAAGCAAAUAUUGAUGGAAAUAUGGACAAAAUUCCUAUUCCCGAUUUACAAUCGCUUUUGGCUUCCACCAGUAAUUUGUCAUUGGAAGAUGCAGCUAACUGGCAAACGGGCUCUUUGGAUUGGUCAACUCCAGGAAAUAUGGUCCCCAGUAGAGGAAAUGUUGACAUGAUGGAGAGCAAAGUUGACAGCUCAGGUGGUAUUGAUAAAACAACCAAUUCAAGCUCUCAUUCGCCAGAAGAAAAUGUCACGCCUCCAGUUGAUAAUGGCCCACCCGAAUUUGUUCCUGGUAAACAGUGGAUUUGGCGGGAUCCUAAAAAGGUUGCGGAAGAUCCAAAUGCGAAGCCUGGUGAUUGCAAACCAAGCCCAUUUUUAUCUUCUUCAACUCUUCAAGCGAAUGCCGCCUCAAAUAUUAAGCAGUCGAGUUAUGUGAAUGAUGUAACUGCGAAUAAAAAUCCUUAUGUUGGUUGGAAUAAUCCAACGUCAGCUUUUUCUAAUGAAAUGUGGGCUUCUCGUCCGCGUGCUCCUGUAGGACAAACGUUUUCCUCCCGUUUGCCUCCUACCCCAUUACCUCAGGCAAACAUCCCACGUUCUCCAAUGGUUUCUUAUCAGCAAAUGCCUUUGUCAACAAACUGGGUAUCAGUUCAUCUUCAUGGCAUGAACGAUAAGCAAAUGGUUGCAAUGUGUAAUAAAAUAGUCGGGGUAUAUUUAUUUGUGUGUCCCCCUGGUUCUCCAUUUGUUUAUAUUAAAUUCACUGACUCUGCGGAAGUAGCAAUUAAUCGUUUGAAGAACGAGGCUCCAUACCUGCAAUUAAAAAUCGUUUCUGAAUCGGAAAUAGAACGCUUGAUGAAAAUGCGUGGUGGUGUUGGUGGGAGUCCGAUAAUGACGAUGAAUGUGAGCACUACUUGGGGUGGAACGAAUCAAGCUUUAAUAAAUGAUCCGUCAUCAUUUUCAUGGUCGUUCGGAGGCGCUCAAUUAACUGGAGAUCUAAUGCAGCAACCGCACAUCUUUCAUAACGAUGAUCUCAGUCGUCCCUAUUAA